CGACAUGGAUCCUGAUCCAUUUCCAAGGCCAUUUCGCAGUGUAAUCAGUAAGCUGGGCCAGCAAGCCCGCCCGCCCAGCGCGUGGCCAUCGUAUGAGAGUGCUGUCGCUGCUCCUUUGCCACCAGCGGAUGCACAAGAAACUCCCAAACCUGUCCUCGACGAUCGGAUUUUCCCCUGCACCUUCUGCCACAGCACCUUCAAAACCAAACACGACUGGCAGCGCCACGAGCGCUCGCUGCAUCUCAGCCUGGAGGAAUGGACCUGCAACACGGGCGAUGGGCUGGCGACAUCGCCAGUAACGGGGAAACCCCACUGCGCAUACUGUGACGAGGCCGAGCCGACACCACAGCACCUCGACGCGCAUCACCAUCAAGCAUGCUCCAGCAGCAGCAAUCCGCCCCGCACAUUCCGACGAAAGGACCACCUCGUCCAGCAUCUCCGGCUUGUGCACCAUGUCGACAAGGAGAAGCUCCCUUCCCUGGACGCUGAUCGCUGGUGCACCAACGCUGCGCCCGCAGCGGCUUCGCGCUGUGGCUUCUGCGGCUGCCAGCUACAGGGGUGGCAAACACGGGCAGACCAUCUGGCGGUGCACUUUCGCUCUGGCUUCACGAUGCAGGAUUGGCAUGGGGACUAUGGGUUUUCGCCGUCUGUUGCUGCGCAAGUCCGGAAUGCUAUGCGGUAGACUACACUGUACGAGACUCUU